AUGGCCGACACUGAAGAUCGCGCGCCCAGCGACACCAAGGCAGAGGCACCUCAAGCCACGCCGGCAGACCAGACUGCACCUCCCACGGGCGACGACAUCGAAGCAUCCAUCGACGCCGAAAUGUCGCAACCUGGCGACAACAGUAGCCAUACCAUGGACAACAGCAGCGCUACCGCCAAUAUCAACAUGGACGGCGCCAGUGACGAGCCCCCAACUGUGCCUCAGAUCGAGACGAGGAUGCCGGCGAAGAAGGACGUCGCAUUGCGGGACUUCUUGGGCAAGAUGGAUGAAUAUGCGCCAAUCGUGAUCUUCGACAGANUCCCAGAUGCAGUCACAAACUACUACCUCACCCUCGCCGGUCUGCCCCCACCACCAGCAACUCCACCCCAUCUGGCCCGCCUCCUCGCGCUCGCUGCUCAANAGUUCAUCGCCGACAUUGCCGCAGAUGCAUACCAGUACUCGCGCAUCCGAUCCACCAACACCACAUCUAACAACCCCUUGACUGGACUCGGUGGUGCAGCAGGCUUUGGUAUGAUGCCCACAGAGGAAGGCGGUGCUAAGGGCAAGGGCAAGGACGCCGGAAAAGGCGCUCAGCUGGGCGGCCCUCGUCCAGGCUACGGCGGCGGUGGUGUGGGAUCGUCUGGCGGCAGGACUGUGCUGACCAUGGAAGAUCUGGGCAUGGCUGUCGGAGAGUACGGCGUCAACGUCAAGAGAGGCGAGUUCUACAGGUAA